AGAAGGAGACCUUCCGGUCCGCAGGGGUUCGGCCGACCGCCAGGCUAGCGGGCCGGCUAGCGGACUGACUCGCGGGCCGCGCGGGACACACCUACUCGCCACUGCGGCUCGGGAGCGGGCUGGAGGCGCGGGCCCGAGGGUCUCGAGCUGGGAAAGGGGUCUCGUCCAUCACCUAGACAUGGAUUUAGAUGCUGUUACAAAGCAGUCAGCAUUACAUGCCAAGCCUGAUGGACUCACUCUUCAAUAUGGGACUGCUGGAUUUCGAACGAAAGCAGAACACCUUGAUCAUGUCAUGUUUCGAAUGGGAUUAUUAGCUGUCCUGAGGUCAAAACAGACCAAAUCUACUAUAGGAGUCAUGGUAACAGCAUCACACAAUCCUGAGGAAGACAAUGGUGUAAAAUUGGUUGAUCCUUUGGGUGAAAUGUUGGCACCGUCCUGGGAGGAGCAUGCUACCUGUUUGGCCAACGCUGAGGAACAAGAUUUGCCGAGAGUGUUGGUGGACAUUGGCGAGAAAGCAGCUGUGAAUCUGCACCAAGAUGCCUUCGUGGUGAUUGGUAGAGAUACCAGGCCCAGCAGUGAGAAACUUUCACAGUCUGUAAUAGACGGUGUGACUGUUUUAGGAGGUCAAUUCCAUGAUUAUGGCUUGUUGACGACGCCCCAACUGCACUACAUGGUGUACUGUCGAAACACCAGUGGCCAGUAUGGAAAGGCAACCAUAGAAGGUUACUACCAGAAACUCUCUGCAGCCUUUGUGGAACUUACCAAACAGGCCUCCUGCAGUGGAGAUGGCCAAAGAACACUUAAGGUUGACUGUGCGAACGGCAUAGGGGCCCUGAAGCUGAGAGAAAUGAAACACUACUUCUCCCAGGGGCUGUCAGUGCAGCUGUUUAACGAUGGGACCAAAGGGAAGCUCAAUCAUUUAUGUGGGGCUGACUUUGUGAAAAGUCAUCAGAAACCUCCUCAGGGAAUCGAAAUGAAGUCCAAUGAAAGAUGCUGUUCCUUCGAUGGAGAUGCAGACAGAAUAAUUUACUACUACCAUGAUGCAGAUGGUCAGUUUCAUCUCGUGGACGGAGACAAGAUAGCAGCACUCAUUAGCAGUUUCCUUAAGGAACCCCUGUUGGAGAUUGGAGACAGUUUGAGUCUUGGUGUCGUACAAACUGCAUAUGCCAAUGGAAGUUCAACACGCUACCUGGAAGAAGUUAUGAAGGUACCUGUCUAUUGUACUAAAACUGGUGUAAAACACCUGCAUCACAAGGCUCAGGAAUUUGACAUUGGAGUUUAUUUUGAAGCCAACGGGCAUGGCACAGUUCUGUUUAGUAAAGCUGCUGAAAUGAAGAUAAAACAACUAGCAAAAGAAUUAGAAGAAGAUAAGAAAAGGAAAGCUGCUAAGAUGCUUGAAAACGUGAUUGACUUGUUUAACCAGGCAACUGGUGAUGCUAUUUCUGACAUGCUGGUGAUUGAGGCAAUCUUGGCUCUGAAGGGCUUGACCGUACAGCAGUGGGACGCCCUCUAUACAGAUCUUCCAAACAGACAGCUCAAAGUUAAGGUUGCAGACAGGCAAGUUAUUAGCACCACAGAUGCCGAAAGACAAGCAGUUAAACCUCCAGGACUCCAGGAAGCCAUCAAUGAGCUGGUGAAGAAGUACAGGCUUUCUCGAGCUUUUGUCCGGCCCUCUGGUACCGAAGACAUAGUCCGAGUCUAUGCAGAAGCAGACUCGCAGGAAAAUGCGGACAGCCUUGCAUAUGAAGUGAGCUUGGCAGUAUUUCAGCUGGCUGGAGGGAUUGGAGAAAGACCUCAACCAGGUUUCUGAGGACAAUUUUUAUAUUUUUUAGAAACUAGACUUUUAAAAACUUUUUACAGGAUAAUAGUACUGCCAUUAUUGUGACAGGUUCAAACACAUAAUCAUAAGUGUUUAGUCUCUACCUUACUGGAUUAUUUCUAGAUCUGAUUAUUUUUCUUAAACAAACACUACCAGAAUCAUUCUUUAGAAAUAGGUAAGCCCUUAUACUUGUUUAAAUUUAGUUUUUUUUAAAAACUGAAAUUUACCCCUAAUAUCAAUCACACUAAUGUAAACUAUUGGAGCUUAAGUAUAUGAUUCAGUCAUUAACUUUAUAAUAUAUGCAAGGAAAAAUUCAUGAAGGCUGCUAGAAAAUUAAACUUUAUUUAUUACCAAUUCCAUAUGAUGUCUUUUCCGUCAUUGUCACCUCAGUCAUUUUGCAGUACUAAUACUCACCAUUGUUAAUACAAACGAGGAGGUUGGAGAAGACUUCAUAAAACCAAUUUUUUCAUAGCAGAGUCUCCAGAACAAUUCUUAGAUGACUUACCUCUCUUCAGUUAACAUCACCAGGAAUUUGGAAUUGUGACUGUGGAGGCUGUAUACACCUGUACUCCGUACCGAGGUUGAGAUGCUCGUGCUACACUUACAAGGAAGGAUGUGUGGCCCAGGCUUCAAUUAUUCAUUACUCCUCUUAGUGAAGGUAUGUGGGAGAAGGUAUGUGGGAGAAACGAGUUGUAAUACAUUACCAAGCCUCUGACAGAGAAGUGAUGGCUUUCUGAUACUAGAAUGUGGGUUAAUAAGGUAAAGAAAAAAAAUCCCCAACCAAUCUAAAUUAAACAAAGCCUGAAACCAAUAGAAAAAAUGUGCAGUGUGUAUUUGGCAGGUUUAAGACAACUCAGGACAGUAAAACAAUGGACCAUAAUGGACUAUUUAUGUAUAUAUAGAUCUCUCUUAGGCACCAUAAUCAAUAUGCGCCCGUAAUAUUUAAGCUUGAUUCAGGCCACAGUCAGACAUUCGUUCUUAUUUACAAAUAUUUAACUUAAAUACAACCUGAAACGUGUUUCGUUACAUACAAAAAAAAAAAAAAGAAAACAAAAAGAAACUAUACAACUCAGAGCAAUGUUUGUUUUAAAUAAUUACAUUUACAUUUAAACUAAAUGGAACCACUAUGUUGCUCAAGUUUUUAUCACCCCUUCCAGAAAAUCUUUUUCUACCAUCUCUUCUAUUUUUUGCCUGGCUUUGCUGGAAAAUGGUUUGUGGUUUUCCAGCUUCAUGUCCUUGCUCGGGAAGGUGUUUGAGUAGAGGACGGGGCUCCCUGAGUGUCCUGCGCAUCGGCUGGUGACUUUGCUGUUGAAGACUUGGCUGAGCACGUUGAAGAAUGGCAGGAGCUGCUCAAGGCUGCGCACCGUGCAGACGGUGAGCAGCAAGUGCCCCGGCUCCCAGCCCAGCGCUCUCCCUGAGUUGUCCUCCUCCGGGUUUUUCUGCAGAAAACAAAAAGGCGACUGUUCCCAACAGACGAUGCAGUAUGUGAGGAAACUUAAAAGAAUAUAAGCAUCAGCAAACAGAGUUAAGAAAUGAAUACAAGUGAUGACAUUAAGUCUCCAUUCCAGACUUGCUAAAAUGUUUGCUUCUAACUGAGGCCUUCUGGUGCCAAUUAUUAAUUGUACAUUGAGGGUCUAACACUUUAGUAAUAUUUUCCAACUUGAAUGCACAAGUAAGCUUAGUUAUUAGCUGAAUUAGUUUUGCAUAGGGACUGUCAAAUCCAAAAGUUCAUGUUGUGCUUUGCAUAUACUCAAAAAGCUCCCAGAUUUCUGGAUCCCCACUAAUGUAUCCAGGGACUAGGUCAAAAUGACUGAAGAAGGGACAGAGAGUCUUACACAUUUCACUACUAGCAAGUCAGUCAAUUACCUUGUGGCCAAAUGGCUUAAACUUGCCACAAGACAGCAGCAGAGUCCACAGUGAAUUGUUACUAUCAGCACAGAGAAAGGAAAGGAACUCCCAGGAGAGACCCUGCCAUGCGCUUCUGUGUUGUGCUCAACUACACGGGAGCAAAGCUGGACCUGGAGUCAGAAUAACGCCAGGGUCAGGGCCCUGGCUCUGCCGCUUGCUUACUGUGGGUGUCCUGGACAAGUACAGAACAGUUCCUCACUUAUAAGAUGGGGCGAUGAAGAGAAUGUAUGUGAAAACUCUUGUCAACUGCAUUAACACGACAAUUUACGUACUUCAAGUAGCUACUUUGAGAAGCCAGCUAAACUACACACACAGCUGUAGACAUCGGUCUAUCUAGAGAAAGUUCUGAGAGAACUGAAGAUGUCUGAACUGGGGCAGAAUCAUAGAUUUGAAAACACACUGAGUAAGAAGAUAAGACAAACAAUGAACUAGAGAGAAAAAACUAGCAAGUGGGACUUAGGAAGCAGAAUUAUAGUCUGUCAUAUUUGUUAACAAAUGGAGUUUGCCUUCUAAGAUGAGAUGUUGCUGAGAAACUUGCAUUGUUCACUUAAUAUUUUAAUAUCACUAGUUUCCUAGUGGAGAAAACAGAUGCAAAAUCCAGCUUAUUUUCUUGUGUGUGCUUACAAUGUUUGCUUAUUUUAAAAUAAAAUCCUGUUUUAAA